AUGUUUUUUGUUCUAAUUGUUUUCACUUUUCUAACUUGGUUAGUCGUAAGGCAGUACCAGAAAGUAUCCCGACUACCACCAGGACCAGUUUCUCUUCCACUAAUUGGAAAUUUACCGCAAAUUGUUUACUAUCUAUACACAACCGGAGGAGUCGUUUCGACUUUGGAUUUUUUCAGAAAGAGGUACGGAAACAUUUUUACCUUGUGGGUUGGUCCAAUCCCUCAUGUGAGCAUUGCCGAUUACGAAACAUCACACGAGGUUUUCGUAAAAAAUGCCAACAAGUAUGCCGACAAAUUUCAUUCGCCGAUUUUCCGAGAGAUGAGAAAAGACAUUGGAAUUCUGACCGCAAAUGGGGAUCAUUGGCAGGAGAUGAGACGGUUUGCGCUGUUCACGUUUAGGAAUAUGGGAGUGGGAAAGGAUUUGAUGGAGACGAGAAUAAUGGAGGAGUUGAAUGCCAGUUUUUCAGAAAAUAUGGGUUUAAUUUCCGCGAACGGAGAGUCUUGGGCGGAAAUGAGACGGUUUGCACUGUUAGCUUUUCGAACUAUGGGUGUAGGAAGAGAUUUGAUGGAAGAGAGAAUAUUAGCAGAACUGGAUGCUAGAUGUGCUGAAAUUGAUGCCGAAGCUGUUAACGGAAAAACCAUAGUUCAUACUUCGGAAUUUUUCGAUCUCACAGUUGGCAGCGUUAUCAACAGUGUACUCAUUGGAAAACGAUUCGAUUCUCACAACAAGGACGAGUUUUUGAAACUGAAAGGACUUCUAGAUUCAGCUGACGAGUUGUUCACUAUGUUCGAGCUCACUGUUCCAGUAUGGUUGCUCAAAAAAUGUUUCCCUGAGCGAUACGCAAGAAUCGUUGAGGUACAAGAAGAAAUAAUCAAUUUUGUUUCUCGAGAAGCAAAUGAGAGAUAUGAGAAAGUGAAAAGCGGAGAAUAUACUAUCAACGCAGACGAUCCCCAAGAUUUUGUGGAAGCAUAUCUGGCAAAAAUCGAAGAAGAAAAGGAGAAAGGAACAACCAAUUUUUACACAAUGCAAUGCCUAAAGCAUGUGAUUGGA